AAAUAUAUUACCCAAUAAUGUUUGACUAAUACGAGAAUUUUUUUCCUUAUUCAUCAAACUGUUGGACAUAUAAAUAUUGUAAAGAAUAAUGACUAAUAAAAUCAUUCGUUCGUUAUCUAUACUUUAGGCAAUUGACAGUAAUAAAAAAGCACUCAAUACAUAAAUUGACUUUAGAGGAAACAACAGGAGUUUUAAAAUAUUGAAUUUUCGAUUUACCAAAAGAAUACACAAUUUUUGGAAGAAAAAAAAACAUGAUUCUUCAACCCUCUAUAUUGCUCAUAAAUUUACUAAUAAUUUUAUCUAUAAAUGCAGAACCUUUAGUAAAAAUUUCUCAGGGGCAAUUGCGAGGAAAUAUAGAAACAGCAAGAUAUGGAACAAGAUAUUCAGCAUUUCUUGGAAUUCCAUACGCGAAACCACCAGUUGGAGGUCGACGAUUUAAAAAUCCAGAACCAGCUGCAAGUUGGACAGGAGUACGAUCAGCACAUGCAUUUGGCAAUCCAUGUCCUCAAAAUGAUAAUGGACGGAUAUUCGGAAAAGAUGAUUGUUUAUAUCUAAAUGUUUAUACCCCUCGUUUAGAAUUCAACAAUCCAAAGCCCACUGACAAAUUACUACCAGUUAUGGUUUGGAUUCAUGGUGGUAGUUUUCUCAUAGGAACUGGUAACAUGUAUGGGGCACAAUAUUUAUUGGAAAAGGAUAUUAUUUUAGUAACUUUAAACUAUAGACUCGGAAUUUUAGGAUUUUUAACAACAGGUAAUUCAAUAGCGCCGGGAAAUUUUGGCAUGAAAGAUCAGGUUGAGGCUCUAAAAUGGGUUCAAAAAAAUAUCAAAUCUUUUGGUGGUGAUCCAAAAAAAGUAACUUUAUUCGGCGAAAGCGCUGGAGGUAUUGCUGUAAAUCUACAUGCUAUCUCUAAAGCCAGUAACGGUCUCUUCCAAAAAUAUAUAAUCCAAAGUGGAACCGUAUUAGGACCAGGCGGAUAUCAACAACCACAAGAUUUUGAAGUACAUGUAAAAGAAUUAGCGAGAAAAUUCAAUUGUCCUGAUAGCUCACAACGACUCAUUGUUAAUUGUCUGCGAAGAGUUAAUUCAAAUGAAUUGGCAAAAGCAAGUAGUGGACUUGAUGCUCUCGUUAAAACUGGUCAUUUUAUAUGGGUACCAACAAUUGAAUCUGAUACUCCAGAUGCAUUUUUAACAGAAAUUCCAUUGGAUAGUGUCGACAAUAACAAAACAAAAGAUUUGCCUUUUAUGAGUGGAACUGUUGCCGAUGAAGGUUUAUCAUUUACUGCGCCUGCCUUUUCAAAUUUCUUUGUAUAUCUGGCCUUUAGAUUCAAUGUCAGAACAAUUUUAAAUUACAUCGCUAAAUUUUAUGAUCAAAAUCCCGAUAGACUUUUUUCGGCAAUGAAUGCAUUUUACUUUGACAACAGAUAUUACAUCACUCUUUUACCUGACGAUUAUUUGAGAAUAAUGACAAAAUACUUCAGUGAUGCAGCAUUUUUCUAUCCAGAAAUAAGAUUAUUGGAAAAAGUAACGCCACAAAUAAAAAAUAAAAACUACUUUUAUAAUUUUGGAUAUCGUGGAGGACUAAGUCUUACAGGCAUUGGUGGAGAUAAACGAGAUUAUGGUGUAUCGCACGGUGAUGAUAUUCUUUAUCUAUUUUCUCUAAAUUAUUUCACCAUUCAAACGACAAAUGCAAAUUUUACCGGUGAUGAUGAAAAAGUAAGCAGAAUUCUAGUAGACUUUUGGACAACAUUCGCUACAGAUGGAAAACCAACAUCUACAGAAUUACCAAAUCCUAAUGUGUGGCAACCUUAUUCACCAACAACAAGUGCUCAUAUUCAAAUUGGAAAAAUAAAUGACAAUAAAGAUCCAACUGUGUCAAUGUCCAACAGAUAUUAUACACAACGAAUUAAUUUUUGGAGAAAAAAUAAACAAUACUCAAUGAAUACUCUACUAUUGAUAAAUUUACUAUGGAUUUUAUCUAUAAGUGCAGAACCUUUAGUAAAAAUUUCUCAUGGUCAAUUGAGAGGAAAUACACAAACAACAAGAUAUGGAAAAAGCUAUUCAGCAUUCCUAGGAAUUCCCUAUGCGAAACCACCAAUUGCAGAUCGACGAUUUAAAAAUCCAGAACCAGCUGAAAAUUGGAAUGGAAUACGAUCAGCACAUUCAUUUGAAAAUGCAUGUCCUCAAAAUGAUAAUGGAAAAAUAUUCGGAAAAGACGAUUGUUUAUAUCUAAAUGUAUAUACACCUCGUUUAGAAUUCAACAAUCCAAAGUCCACUGAUAAAUUAAUACCAGUUAUGGUUUGGAUUCACGGUGGUAGUUUCCUUACAGGAACUGGUAACAUGUAUGGAGCACAAUAUUUAUUGGAAAAGAAUAUUAUUUUAGUGACCUUCAAUUAUAGGCUCGGAAUUUUAGGAUUUUUAACAACAGGUGAUUCUGUGGCACAAGGAAAUUUUGGCAUGAAAGAUCAGGUUGAGGCUCUAAAAUGGGUUCAAAAAAAUAUCAAAUCUUUUGGUGGUGAUCCAAAAAAAGUGACAUUAUUCGGUCAAAGUGCUGGUGGAGCUUCAGUAAAUUUGCAUUCAAUUUCUAGAGCUAGUAACGAUCUCUUCCAAAAAUAUAUAAUCCAAAGUGGAACUAUAUUAGGACCAGGCGGAUAUCAAGAUCAAAAAGAUUUUCAAGUGCACGUAAAAGAAUUAGCGAGAAAAUUUAACUGUCCCGUAAGAUCAUCACAAGUUAUUAUUGAUUGUCUGCGAAAAAUUGAUUCAAAUGAUUUAGUAAAAGCUAGUACGAUAGACGAGACAAUAAAAUAUGGUCAUUCUUUAUGGACACCGACAAUUGAAUCUGAUACUCCAGAUGCAUUUUUAACAGAAAUUCCAUUAAACAGUAUUGACAAUAAUCAAAUGAAAGAUUUACCUUUCAUGAGUGGUAACUGUGCCGAUGAAGGUUUAUCAUUAAAAGGACCCGGCCUAUCUAAUUUUCUUCUCUACCUAUUCUUCAGAUUGAAUUUUAGAACAUCAAUAAACUACGUAGCUAAAUAUUACAAACAAGAUGCUGAAAAAUUAUUUACCGCCAUGAAUAAAUUCUACUUUAACAACAGAUUUUACAUUACAAUUUUACCCAACGAGUUCUUGAACAUUAUUUCAAAAUUUCUCAGUGACUCAUCGUUUUUCUAUCCAGAAAUAAGAUUAUUGGAGAAAGUAACGCCGCGAAUGAAAAAUAACAACUAUCUUUAUAAUUUUGGAUAUCGAGGUACAUUAAACAUGGCAGCAAUUGGUGGAAUUAAAGAUAAUACAGGUGUCUCACACGGUGAUGACAUUUUAUAUCUAUUUCCUAUUACCUCUGUUACAUUUGUAACAACAAAUGCAAAUUUCACUGGUAACGAUGAAAAAAUUAGUCGAAUAAUGGUAGAUUUUUGGACUUCAUUUGCUACAAAUGGAAAACCAACAUCUAACGAAUUACCAAAUUCUAAUUUGUGGCAACCUUAUUCAUCGAUAACUAAUGCUCAUAUUCAAAUUGGAAACAUAAAUAACAAUAAAGAUCCAACUAUGUCAAUGUCCAACAGCUACUAUACAGAACGAAUCAAUUUUUGGAGGAAAAAUGCUCCCAUAUAGAAAACUGUUAUCAAU